CGUCCACUCAACUCUGGCAUCACUCUUAGUCACAAACUCUCAGAAGAUUUUCCAGUGACACUAUUAUCGGAAGCCAUGGAGAAUAUCAUCGCCCAUUGUGGAUUUUCUACUAACGGAAUUGCUGGAGGAGCAAACUUUGCUCAACAACCCGCUAAUUUGUGGAGACCCUGGGAUGCCAAAGCCGACAGGAAACUCAGAUCCGCAGCCCGCACGCCUUACACCAUCCCGAUUGAAGGAGUUUCUGACUGCAAAGACAGCAAAAGUCCAAAGAUCACACACCCAGUAAAGUUGUUUUGGCCCAAAUCCAGGUGCUUCGAUUAUCUGUACCAGGAAGCAGAGAUGCUUCUGCGCAACUAUCCCGUUCAAGCGUCCAUCUGCCUUUACGAAGACUCUAGCAGUGAUGACGAAGAGGACGGCAGUGAAGAGGAAGAGGACUCCAUUAAGGAGAUUAAUUAAAAAAAACUGUCAUCAUCCAAAUUUUUAAAAAGCGGAAUGUAUAUUUUAAUAUCAAAUUGUAAUAUAUUGCUGCGUAAUUUAUUUUUGUAAAUAUAUGUAAAUAGGC